GGAGGGGUAAUUCUGGGCGUGUCUCGUUAUCUGCUUAUUACCUGCUGAAUAUAGCUAGAUCUGGUUGUGAUGUUUUUAAGGAUUUGAUACAUGCGACCGGGCAAGAACACUCAACCAAACAGCGAGUUAACGUCCUUAAAGUUUACAAUGGCAAAACAUGUCGUCUUCGACGUAGUCGGCACCUGCGUCUCCUUCGAUGCGUACUACGACGCCAUCGAUCGCGUCCUGGGCGACCGUCUGCGGGCGCACAACAUCACGCCCCAAUUCUUCGGAUACAGCUGGAUGACAGCCGCCGAGCUAGAAUUCACCUUUCUGUCCAUAUCCGAGCGAUACCGACCGUACAAGCAGAUUCUCGAAGCAGUAUUCUACCGCACCCUGUGGAUGGCCGGGAUCCAGGACCCACGGGCACUGGCAACAGAUAGCGAACGCGACCAGUGUAUCCAAGGGUACUGGAGCCUAGGACUUCGCCCUGGAAUUAAAGAGUGCUUUACUCGACUCCGCGAAGGCGGGUUUACGAUCUGGUGUCUGACGACAGGCGACACGGCGCGAGUGCGCGGGUACUUCCAGCAAGGAGGCGUGGAUAUGCCGCUGGAGAAUGUGAUCAGCUGUGACAGCAAGGGCCUGGCGAAACCUGCACUCGCGGCCUACAGGCCUGUGCUGGAGCAGUUUGCGCCCGCCGAUGUGAAGUGGUUUGCGGCGGCGCAUAUGUGGGAUGUGUCUGCUGCUGUCAAGGUGGGAUUCAGGGGCGCGUACUGCACCGUCUACGAGCAGGAGCCUUGCCUGGAGAUAUUUGAUACGCAGAUGGAUGUGAUUGCGCCGGGAUUAGUCGAGAUGGCAGACAUGAUUGUGAAUUCUAGUUAAUCUCAAGUCGUGCCUUCGAAAGUCUUCCAGAAUUGAGCAGACAUGACUCGACGGUGGAGCUCAUAAAAUAAUAAAAACUGCACGCGACCCGUUGUCACCGAAAUGUGACAGAGUCGGACAGAAUUCCACGCGUAGUGAGACAUGCCGCGCCAUGACAGAUGGGAUCAGAUUAGAUGAUCUGAUUCGCACCAUGGCGAAUGCUUGUCGCGGGAUGCGCGGGAUGGCUGCAGACCCGGCAGCACAAAUCCGAGAAUCUCGAAUAAAACAAGCAAAAAGGCUGCCUGGACAAGGGGACGCACAAAACCAGCAAGUUGUCCGGUCUGGGUCCACUGCACGAAGCCACCGGUGUGAGACAGCCCAAUCCCAGGCCAAUAACAGC